AUGGGUUACAAUAACAUCCAAGUUAAGGAAGGUGAUGAAUGGAAGACUGCUUUCCGCACCAAAUAUGGCUUGUACAAGUCCCUAGUCAUGACCUUUGGCCUGACCAAUGCGCCCGCAGCUUUCCAACACUUCAUGAACAAGCUGUUCAAAGAGCUGCUGGAUGUAUGCAUCAUCAUAUACCUUGAUGACAUCCUGAUCUACUCCAAGGAUGACUUAUUCUGCAAGGCCUCAAAAUGUACCUUCCAUGUCACCUCUGUGGAAUAUUUAGGAAUCAUUGUCUCCAACAAAGGUUUCAGCCUGGAUAAGCUCAAGAUCCAGGCAGUACGGAUUGUCCUAGACGUCUGCGGCGAUGGGGAACCCUACAACGACAAACCAACUAUCUACGGUGACCACGCGCUAUAA